GCUCCACUCGCGAUAUUACUAAACUCUCGCGAGUACACAGUAACAACACGGGCAAGAGGGAGAUGGAGAGAAAUGAGGUCUGAAAAGGACCAAAUGACCGUGGGCAAGGAGAAAAGCGUCGUUGAGAUACAAUUCAGAGACAUCCCCAGAGAACAGGAAAACAUCCCUUGCAACUUCAAGCCGAAAGAAGAGAAGAAAGAGGUUUUUACUAAGGUGGUGAUUCGAAGGCUUCCACCUAACCUGUCAAAGGACCAGCUAGAGGAACAGCUCAGUCCACUUCCAUCUUAUGACUAUUUUGAGUUCUUUCCCGCUGAUCAAAGUCUUUCUCCCCAUUUGUUCUCCAGAGCAUAUAUCAAUUUUAAAAACAAUGAAGAUAUCCUUCUGUUCAGGGACCGAUUUGAUGGCUACGUCUUCAUUGACAACAAGGGCCAAGAAUAUCCUGCAGUGGUGGAGUUUGCUCCCUUCCAGAAAAUCUCAAAGAAGAAGUUAAAAAAAAAAGAUGCCAAAUCCGGGAGCAUUGAAGAAGACCCAGAGUAUAAGCGGUUCUUGGAGAAUUACUCCUGUGAUGAAGAGAAGUCCAUGGCCAACCCUGAGACUCUGCUAGGAGAGAUAGAGGCCAAGACCAGAGAGCUCAUAGCCAAACGGACAACACCGCUGUUGGAGUACAUUAAAAAUAAGAAAAUUGAGAAACAGAGAAUAAGAGAGGAGAAGAGAGAAGAGAGGAGAAGAAGAGAGAUCGAAAAGAAACGGCAAAGGGAGGAGGAGAAGAGAAAGCGACGAGACGAGGAGAGACGCAAACGAAAAGAGGCAGAUAAACAGAAGAAAUUGUCUGAUAAAGACAUCAAAAUUAAGCUCCUGAAGAAAAGUGACAGGGACGAUGACAUGGACUCAGACCGAAUGAAGGACAAAAGUGACAUCAGGGAGACAGACAGAGGCAAAUGGGAGAAAGCUGGAGGACAAACAAAGUUGAAGGACCCCAAAGAAAAAGGUUUGCCCGAGAGUGAAAAGGAGCGAGAGCAGCACGGCCGCAGACAAAGAGAUAAAGAUCACCGUGGGAAAGAUGAAGAGAGGAAACGACAGCGACACCACUAUGAGUUUGACAAGUUUAUGCGCCGCAAAGAUGAGACCAAAUGGGGGAAAGGCUACUGCCAGGACAGAGCCAGGAAAGAGGGGCACCAUCAUGGCUAUUCUUACUGUCCUGACAUUGGAGACAAACUAGGAAAGGAGGACAGGCAGGACCUGGGUAACAGGAAGGAACGCCUCCGAAACAAGGUGAGCGAGAAGGACCGUCCAGCCAUGCAGCUCUAUCAGCCAGGCGCACGCAACAGGAAGCGCAUGAGCUCAGCAGGCAAAGGCUACGACUGCAUCCCCUCACCUGAAUCUGGGACAGAGCACGGCUAUGAGGCUGUCGCUCUGGCGACGGGGCUGGAGAAGGGGUUUGAGAAAAGUAAAGACGAACAGUGAGCAGUCUAGAUGUUUAUCGAAAAAAACAAAUAAAUGAUUCAGCUCACAUUGAUGGUUCAAAUUCAUCAUUGAGCUUUUAAAAAAAGAAAGAGAACAGUCUUUUAGUCAUUUUCAUCUGUACUGGAUGGAACACAUCUCAGAGCCGUGAAUGUUGGAUAAGGGUUUUGUUUUGCUGGAGCGUGAACAUUACAAGUACACACUAAAUAUGUUACUUAUAUGUCUCACUGUUUAAUACUCAAAGAAUCCUUGAACGAACCGUGUGAGACUAAGAACAGGGGCAAAAAAUAAUAGUACUUUUAUGACAGCACAAUAGUCAGCGUCAGACGGUGUAGUGUCAUUCCUUUUGGUCAUCGUGUUUUCGAAGUUACCCCGUGGUAUCCUCCUACAAUGUUCUGGCGAAACCAUGACCUCAUCCUCUGCAACCGUUCUUGUUAAUAAGCCUUUGUAGACUCUGCUGAACCUGUAUGUUUUUAAUAAUCAAAUAAAUACAAAUAUAAUAAAAUAUAAUAUGAGUAGAACUUACAAACAAUGGAUGUGGAAAAUGUCCCAAGGAAAUCCUGCGUGUAUUUUUGUGUGUAAAGGUGAGCGAAUGAGGGGAUAGGAGUUAUUAUUGAUAAAGAAAGGACAAGGUUUUACCGCUUUUCGUAGUUUCUAUGCAUCUUGUUACAUGUGGUCCAUCUUGUUCUAAGGUGUGAUCCAACAGAGACAAUAAUUUAUUUGUGAGCAAAGCUUUGUACAUGAUCACCCAGGAGCCAAGAAGAACACGUUCUCUACAUUUCUGUAAAGCAUUUCCUAGAAAGAAGAUGUACAGUUGCAAAGCAUGACACCGAUUAAUAAAAACAAUUCAUUUUCUAUGCUGUGUGCAUGGUUUUCUAUUAAUUCUGUCAAGUAAAUCUAAAUGAAAAAGCCACAAAUGUCGUAGUAAUAUAAGUAUUAUGUCUUUUUAACAAGCCUUAUAUUAUUUUUUUCACACAAUCUAACAUUUUGUCUGUAUUUAUCAUACCUCUUGUAUCAUUAUGUUUUUUUCUUUAAGUUGUGAGAAAAUAAAGCUCCUGUACUGUUACAAG